AUGACGAAAGAUUUAGGCCUAAUAAGUCUGCGAACUAUUCAGAUACAUUUGCAACGAAUCCAUAAAUUCGUCAAGUUGGGUGAUGGAAGCAAGUAUUCAGUCAAGCUUGAGCAUGGAGAUUUCUCCUGUGGUGAAUCUCAAAGAUGUGAUCUGAAUAGUGAUAAUCAGUUAAUAAUCGACCACAUUUUUAAAUAUGAGUUGUCCACCAUAGAUGUUGCGUCUUUAGAUUCGUUGUGCUCGCAGCCUUUUGUGUUGACUGUUUACGAACACAAAGUAAAAGACAAGAAACAAAAGGAAGCCAAAACUGAGUUGUGCGGUCAGACGACUUUUGAUUGCUUACCACUAGUAAAAAAUUCGACUAAAUAUGAGUUGAACUUGAAAUUAUUCAGCCAGUUUUCUACAACAUCUCUUGACGAUCUUCCAACUGUUGAUAUUUUAGUUUCAGUUGACCAACCACUUUUAAAUGAUGAAGUUUAUGAACAACUGAAUAUCAUUUAUGUCAAUAUUGAGUCAAUUCAAAAUGUCCCCGAAACGUUCCACACAAAAGAUCACUAUACUUUUGUUGCUGCACUACCAUUGAUUACCUCGAGUGAAAAUAUAGAAAACGCAAUCAUUUCUAGCAAGGGAUAUUUGAAAUCGCCAUCCGAUGCAGAAUACAUCAGCACUUCAUUUAGGUGGCCUGCCCCUGGAAGUGCACGGAGUUUUGCAGAUAUUAUGCAAACCAGGAAUAAUGAAUUGAGUGUUGGUAAAACUCUCUUUGCCGGUGGUAUGGCAGGUAUCUUCAACUGGCUAGUAGCUAUUCCUCCCGAUGUUUUAAAAUCUCGUCUACAGAGUGCUUCUGAGGGUGUUUAUCCCAAUGGAAUUCGGUCGGUAUUCUCUGAACUUAUUGCAAAAGAAGGCUUUUUGGGAUUGUAUCGGGGUAUGACUCCGGUGAUGCUUCGAGCAUUUCCUGCAAAUGCUGCAUGCUUUCUCGGUUACGAAGUUGCUUUGAAGUUUCUGGAUUAUGCAUUCCCUAGUCUGUGA